AUGUAUGCAGAGCUCAGGUGUCAGAGCAGUUGUCGUCUUCCUGAUCAUCUGAACUACGUCUGGUACAAGAAUCAACAGAAGAAGAAGGAAGGAGCAUCUUAUAGAGAUAAUUUUUAUUCUACAGACAGAGUUUCCUGUGCUGUUAAAGGACACGAGGAUUUCCGCUCUCCGUCAAUGUUGGUAUGGAGUCAGAUUGACUUUGGUGUGAGUUACACUUCUACUGAGAUCUGUGCCUUCAGAGGAUCAACAGUGGACAUUAACUCUACCUACACAUACCCAUCCAGGUGGAAGAACCUUGAUACUACAGUUCAUGAAACUUUCUGGUUCAUUCAAGAGAGUAAUGGGAUUUACUUUUAUCCAAUGACUGAUCCGGAGUAUUCAGGUCGUGUGGAGAAUCUCUGUGAAAACAACAAGUGCACUCUGAGAAUCUCUAACCUGAGAGAGAGCGACUCAGCUGUGUACAAGUUCAGGUUCACAACAAACCAACCUGGAGGGAGUGUAGCUGGUUCAACUGGAGUCACUCUGUCUGUCACAGACCCUCAGCUCCAGGUACAUGUGAGGAGAUCAACAGCCAAUCCAUCUUCUACCUGGACAGAGCUGACCUGUCACAGCAGGUGUCAGCUCCCUGAUCAUCUUUCCUACGUUUGGUACAAUAACAAUAAACCUGUUGGACGAAAAAAAUACUUUCACCUCCGACACUUUAAUGCUGAAGACAGCUAUCACUGUGCUAUAGAAGGACAGGAGCGUUUCCCUUCUCCUACAGUGUAUGCUCCAAAGCCUCCAUCUGUGUCAGUGAGUCCAUCUGGUGAGAUCAUGGAGGGCAGCUCGGUGAAUCUGACCUGCAGCAGUGAUGCUAACCCAGCAGCUAACUACACCUGGUACAAGGAGGACGAGGACUCACGAAAAGUAUCAGGACCAAUCUUCACCAUCACUAAUAUCACAGCUGAACAUGGUGGAAAGUAUCAGUGUGAGGCCCAGAACACACUAGGACGUAGUAAGGCCACCUUACAUCUGACUGUUGGAGCAGAACCAGAGGUCAUGACACUGGAGAGGAUCCAGCGGCAUUGGAAGUCAGUGAUAAUCAUGAAUAUCAUCAGGUACACUCUGGUGGUCGUGCUGGUUCCAGUGCUGGUCUGGACUCUGUGGACGAGGAUGAAGAAAACUCUGAGCUUGAAAUCAGAAGUGAAUGAAGCUGUGGAGAUGAUAGAGUUAGACAACUGUCCUGAGUAUGACGACAUCGAUACUGCAGCACAGACAGAAGACACAGAGGAGCAGGAAGACCUGGUGUGA